AUGUCUGAAACUGCUCCUGCCGAGACUGCUGCUCCAGCACCGGUGGAGAAGUCUCCCGCCAAGAAGAAGACGACAAAAAAGGCCGGCGCCGGGAAGCGCAAGGCGUCCGGCCCCCCGGUGUCCGAGCUCAUCACCAAGGCCGUGGCCGCCUCCAAGGAGCGCAGCGGCGUGUCCCUGGCCGCGCUCAAGAAGGCGCUGGCGGCCGCCGGCUACGACGUGGAGAAGAACAACAGCCGCAUCAAGCUCGGGCUCAAGAGCCUGGUGAGCAAGGGCACCCUGGUGCAGACCAAGGGCACCGGCGCCUCCGGCUCCUUCAAGCUCAACAAGAAGGUGGCUUCCGGCGAGGCCAAGCCCAAAGCCAAGAAGGCGGGCGCGGCCAAGGCCAAGAAGCCCGCGGGUACCACCCCGAAAAAGCCUAAGAAGGCUGCUGGUGCGAAGAAGACGGUGAAGAAGACCCCGAAGAAAGCAAAGAAGCCUGCGGCGGCUGGAGUGAAGAAAGUGGCCAAGAGCCCUAAGAAGGCCAAGGCUGCAGCCAAGCCAAAGAAGGCAGCCAAGAGCCCGGCGAAGCCCAAGGCAGUGAAGCCAAAGGCGGCCAAGCCUAAGGUUUCCAAGCCGAAGACGGCCAAGCCUAAGGCUGCCAAGGCGAAGAAGGCGGUCUCCAAAAAGAAGUAG